AUGACAUUCUCUGCCAAAUAUUUGACCUGUUUGGCGAUUUCUGCGGGGGUAUGCAAAGCUUUCGAACCUGCUUUGGACGUUGUGGGGGAGGAGGGGGGGACAUUGCCUGAUGUCCUUCCGUUGUCGAAGCUGUUUUCUGAAUUCAAAGCCGAUGCCGGAGUCUAUCGGCUGCGUGGAAGCGUUUUACCCGAGGAACGGGUGCGGUUCAACCACUACACUCUUCGAGUACGCAAAAUCGCUGAGGUCUGCGAGCAGUACAGCGGAAUACAUGAGGUGAUAUAUGAUCUCGACCCCCGGAAUGGCGGAAAACUGUUAUUUCCAUUGCUUCAGGACUUUCGCUGGUCGCAGCUAUCCGACGUCGGAGUGUCGACAUUCGCUUCCUCGGGAUUCCGAUACAAACGAAUGCUGACGUUGUGCUCGAAUUAUUGGUCCGCCUUCUACCUAUCAAAACACCGGCUUUGGAGGUGUUCCUGCUGGCUGAUUUAG